AUGGUCAUUGAAGAUGACAGAAAAGCUAGUGAAAAGGGGGUUUCCCUUCAAAGGAGACAACGAUCUUCAUCAGCUCAACCGGGUGCUCAACCGGGAGAGCUUAAAACCCUAACCGAAGUUGCUUCUCAACCUACAACGCCAACAACUUCAUGCCCCUCUACACCAGCUGCAUCUUCGCCACCAGCAUCUGUUGCAUCUCCUUCGCCGGCCACAGACGCCCAAGAGGAGGGUGCUUCUCCUCCGAGUCCCCUGACCACAGGAAUUUGGAGCACAAUUACUCACCCCCUUCUCCAGAUUCUCGAGGAAGGAGGAGUGCCAAUGGAGCUUGCCAACUAUCUAAAGUUGUUGGCUUCAGAGAAGGAUAAGAAGAAGAUACACUCCCUUUCAGGGGAUUGCAUGUUGAAUAACGCCAUGCAUAAUGCGACAGCGGAUCAGUUGUUGGCUGAAAGGAAUCAACUUGUUGCGCGCCUCCCUGUGCUAGAGGCAAAGGCUACUGAAGCGGCCGAACUUGAGGCUCGAUUGCAGCAAAGUAAGUAG